GUACUUACGUAGAAGGCGAAGAUGGCGUCGCAGUACUUCCAGGAGAUGCAGGAGAGCUUUAAGAGCAACAGCAAAAGCCGCGAGUUCCCCGCUCACACGGCCAAGGUGCACUCGGUGGCGUGGAGCUGCGACGGGCGGCGGCUGGCCUCCGGCUCCUUCGAUAAGACAGCGAGCGUGUUCGUGCUGGAGAAGGACCGCCUGGUGAAGGAGAACAACUACAGAGGUCACAGUGACAGCGUGGAUCAGCUCUGCUGGCAUCCAACCAACCCGGAUCUGUUCGUCACAGCUUCCGGAGACAAAACCAUCCGCAUCUGGGAUGUGCGCACUACCAAGUGCAUUGCGACCGUCAACACCAAAGGUGAGAACAUCAACAUCUGCUGGAGCCCCGACGGCCAAACCAUCGCCGUGGGGAACAAAGACGACGUUGUGACGUUCAUUGAUGCCAAGACGCAUCGCUCCAAGGCAGAGGAGCAGUUUAAGUUUGAGGUCAACGAGAUCUCCUGGAACAACGACAACGACAUGUUCUUCCUCACCAACGGCAACGGCUGCAUCAAUAUCCUGAGUUAUCCGGAGCUGAAGCCCAUCCAGUCCAUCAACGCACACCCCUCCAACUGCAUCUGCAUCAAGUUUGACCCCACAGGGAAGUACUUCGCCACAGGAAGUGCUGAUGCGUUGGUCAGCCUGUGGGACGUGGAGGAGCUGGUGUGUGUCCGCUGCUUCUCCAGACUGGACUGGCCAGUGAGGACGCUGAGCUUCAGCCACGAUGGCAGGAUGCUGGCCUCAGCCUCCGAGGAUCACUUCAUAGACAUCGCUGAGGUAGAAACAGGAGAGAAGCUGUGGGAGGUUCAGUGCGACUCUCCAACCUUCACAGUCGCCUGGCACCCAAAGAGGCCCCUGCUGGCCUAUGCCUGCGACGACAAGGAGGGCAAAUACGACAACAACCGGGAGGCGGGCACCGUCAAACUGUUCGGCCUCCCCAACGACUCCUGAGGCUUUGGCCGAGUUUAUUUUUCUGCUCAGACUUGUUGGCUGGACUGUUUGGGCCCUCCGAGGGCCGAGCACAGGAAGCCUCCCAUGGAAAAGGAGAGUCCUCUCCAGCAGCCUUUUCCGACCAGCAGAUGGCGCUGCUCCCCAGCGCUUCCUUUGAAUACUCUGACUUGAGUCCCCGUCUGUGUACGAGAACAAAAGUACACUGAGACACAGUUUUUAUGUAAAAUAGUGUUUUGAUAAUAAAGCUGCUCUCUACAGA